GAAGGAAUGAACAACGUCGAAGUUGCACCUGACUCACUGAUUCAGCCUGAAAAAUCCUCUUUAGGAACAGGGUACCAGUGUACCAUGGUAGUUGAUUCCAAGGCAUAAAACUUAUAGGGAAAAAAUGGAUGAAAGGAGCUUAGGAAACCAUCAUUACCUGCUUCCUCUUGUGGUCUAGUUCAAGGAAGCCCUUGUGUGGGGCUUAGGCCUUUUGGGAUGCUGCCAAUUCCGGACGCAUGGCUGAUUGUGGAGUGAUGAUGGUUCGCAGGGGGCUGCUUCCGUGGGUCUCCCGAGUGGUGGUGUUGCUGGUGCUCCUCUGUUGUGCCAUCUCUGUGCUCUACAUGUUAGCGUGCACACCAAAAGGUGAUGAGGAGCAGUUAGGGCUACCCAGGGCAAAUGGGCCCACAGGGAAAGAUGGGUACCAAGCUGUUCUGCAGGAGUGGGAGGAGCAGAACCGAAAUUACAUCAGCAGCCUCAAGAAGCAGAUCUCUCAGCUCAAGGAAGAACUGCAGGAGAGGAGCGCACAGCUCAAGAUCACACAGCACCAUUCCAAAGAGCCUGUGGGUCUUGAGCUCCCAGCACCCACUGAGAAAAACCAGGCUGACCUGGUGGCCUUCCUGCACUCACAGAUGGACCGAGCCGAGGUGCACACUGGUGUCAAGCUGGCCACUGAGUAUGCGGCUGUGCCUUUCGACAGUUUCACCCUGCAAAAGGUAUACCAGCUGGAAACUGGCCUGACUCGCCACCCAGAGGAGAAGCCAGUGAGGAAAGACAAGCGGGAAGAGUUGGUCGAAGCAAUUGAGUCAGCCCUGGAGACCCUAAACAGCCCUGUGGAGAGCAGUCAGAAGCAGCGCACUUACACGACCUCUGACUUCAUAGAAGGGAUUUACCGAACAGAAAAGGAUAAAGGCACUUUGUAUGAACUCACUUUUAAAGGGGAUCAAAAGCAUGAAUUCAGACGACUUGUUUUAUUUCGGCCAUUUGGCCCUAUCAUGAAAGUGAAAAAAGAAAGACUCAACAUGGCCAAUACACUUAUCAAUAUUAUCGUGCCACUGGCAAAGAGAGUGGAUAAGUUUCGGCAGUUCAUGCAGAAUUUCAGGGAGAUGUGCAUACAGCAGGAUGGUAGAAUCCACCUCACAGUUGUUUACUUUGGAAAAGAAGAAAUGAAUGAAGUCAAAGGAAUUCUUGAAAACACUUCCAAAACUGCCAACUUCAGGAACUUUACCUUCAUUCAACUGAAUGGAGAAUUUUCUCGGGGAAAGGGACUUGAUGUUGGAGCUCGCUUCUGGAAGCGAAGCAAUGUCCUCCUCUUUUUCUGUGAUGUGGACAUCUACUUCACUUCCGAAUUUCUCAAUACCUGUAGACUGAACACACAACCAGGGAAGAAGGUAUUUUAUCCAGUCCUUUUCAGCCAGUACAACCCAGGUAUAAUAUAUGGCCAUCAUGAUGCAGUCCCUCCUUUAGAACAGCAGCUGGUCAUAAAGAAGGAAACUGGAUUUUGGAGAGACUUUGGAUUUGGGAUGACAUGUCAAUACCUCUCAGACUUCAUCAAUAUAGGUGGGUUUGACUUGGACAUCAAAGGCUGGGGUGGAGAGGAUGUGCACCUCUAUCGCAAGUACCUCCAUAGCAACCUCAUAGUAGUGCGGACACCUGUGCGAGGACUUUUCCACCUGUGGCAUGAGAAACGCUGCAUGGAUGAGCUGACUCCUGAACAGUAUAAGAUGUGCAUGCAGUCCAAGGCCAUGAACGAAGCAUCCCAUGGGCAGCUGGGCAUGCUAGUUUUCCAGCAUGAAAUAGAGGCUCACCUUCGCAAACAAAAGCAGAAGACGAGUAGCAAAAAAACAUAAAUUACCAAGGAAUGGACUCAGGAAGCUAUUUUGUAUUUUACACUUAGUAAUUGUGACAUCGAAACAAACAAAAGAUUUACAUAAAGGGCAAGAAAAAAAAUUUGAUUAAUGAGUAUAGGAAGGAAAGAACCUUUAUUUUUUGAGAUGCACUAUUUUAUUAUAUGCAACAGGAAUGAAAAUGAUCACUUUGGCCUUAAACAUGGCCCCAAUACACCUUGUGUUGUGUGUGACAAAAACAGAAUGAUUAUCAUAAACCUAAUAGUUUGUUGUUUGCUGGUG